AUGCAAGGUUCCAUGGUGAAUGGCACCGGCCGCGUCCAGGUCAUCUCGAGGCGCGUGGUUCACGCCGAGCCGCCGCCGGUCCCGUCGUCGGUGCCGAGGACCAUCCACCUGACGCCCUGGGACCUCCGGAUGCUGAGCCUCGACUACAUCCAGAAGGGCGUCCUCCUGCCCAAGCCCGAGCCCGACCGCCGCGUCCAACCGGCCGAACUCGUCGACCACCUCGCGUCAGCGUUCGCGCACGCGCUCGGCCGCUUCCACCUGUUCGGCGGUCGCCUGGCCGUAGACGAACGCGCCGACGACGGGACCAUCACCGUGUCGCUGUCGUGCACGGGCGAGGGCGCCGAGUUCGUCCAUGCGGCGGCGCCCGGCGUCACGGCCGCCGACAUCUCCGGCGCGCUGUACAUUCCCCGCGAGCUCGUGGCGUCGCUGUUCCCGCUCAAUGGUCUCUCCAGCGCCGACGCCGCGUCGUCCGUGGACGACGGGGAGGACUCAGACUCCCGACGACGACGGGCGCCGCUGCUGGCAGCGCAGGUCACCGAGCUGGCCGACGCCGUGUUCGUCGCGGUGUCGCUCAACCACGCCGUCGGCGAUGGCACCACUUUUCGGCACCGUCAACACGUGGUCCGACUUGAGCGGAGCGGCGGCGGCGCUGGCGCUACGACUAUGAGCCCACACCCGCUGCCGGUGCUCGAGCGCUGGUUCCUCGACACCUGCCCCGUGCCGGUGCCCCUGCCGUUCGCCAAGCUGGAGCACGCCAUCCGGGGAUACGAUCGCGCAACGACGCUGCACGAGUGCUUCUUCCACUUCUCCGCAGAGAGCGUGAGGAAGCUCAAGGCCGCGGCGAACUCGGAGGUGCGCUCCGGCGAAGGCGGCGCGGACGCGGCCAUGGUAGUCACCACCAUCUCCUCCCUGCAGGCCCUGCUGGCGCACCUCUGGCGGUCGGUGUCCCGAGCCCGGCGCCUAGAGCCGUCGCAGGAGACCGCGUACGUGCUCCUCAUCGGGUGCCGGGGCCGGGUGAAGGGCAUCCCGCCGGCGGGGUACGUCGGCAACGCGGUGGUGCCCUGCAAGGUGACGUCGACCGCCGGCGAGAUCCAGGCCAAGGGGCUGGGCUGGACCGCGUGGCGGCUGAACCGCGCCGUGGUGUCGUUCGACGAGGCGGCCCUGGUCAGGGAGUCGGUCAAGCGCUGGGUGCGGGAGCCGCGGCUGGCGUACAACACGGACAUGCUGAGCGUGGCAGCCGUCGGCACCGGGAGCUCGCCGCGGUUCGACGUGUACGGCAACGACUUCGGCUGGGGGAAGCCGCCGCUCACCGUGCGGAGCGGCCCUGGAAACAAACUGGACGGCAAGACCUCCGUCUUUGAGGGCCGUGGUGGUGGCGGCGCAAUGGCGCUGGAAGUGUGCCUCGCUCCCAACACGCUUGCGAGGCUCGUCGCCGACGGCGAGUUCAUGGACGCGGUCACCGUGCCGUGA